AUGUCAUUUUUCACCUCGAAUCGUUUCCUGGUGGUUGUAAUCUUCCUAGGCCUUGGCUCAGCAUCCGUAUUGGUGCCUGCUCUCCUGACACAAGUGAGAGAUGCAGCGAAAGCGCCAGCGCCAGACCCACCACCUCCCCCACAGAAGACUCUCCAGAAGGACUCUGAAAACGCGCUGAAUAUUGACACUCUUCGGACGUUGGCAGAUGGGUACAGCUACGAUCUGCGGAACUCAGCUAUCAAGAUUGUCGCCAGCCGCACGGCCAGAUCCCGUGCAAGAGACCUAUUACUGAGGGAUCUCGCGAGCAGGAAUUACGAGCGUCGGCAAGAUGCUAUCAAUGCACUGCAUUUGCUUCUCAACAACAAUUCGUUCAGCGUCACUAUAUGCGACCAAUUUAGAGACGCAAAAUCUGUCGCUGCUGUCGUCAAGGCUCUGAUCAACGUUCUGCCCCAGCAUUCGCGACGCGCCAUCAAUCUGAAGGCUAAAGCUCCGGAUGAAGCAGGAGACGAAAAGAGGCUGCCGCCAUCACCCAUCCGACCCGAAUAUCGCCCGUCUCAAGAACAAGCUCUAAUCUCACUUCUUACCAAUAUGCUAUGCAGCCAGCCCCGGCGUGGCUCCAAGUAUGCCGCUGCCAUGGAUGCGGCCCUACAAGCAGGUCUUGUUACGAAAUGGCUGGCGAAGUAUCCCUUCCCUUGUUCCCAACCAGAAAACUCUGGCUUCAACUACAAGCGCUCGGAUGUUGCGUUUCUAUUUGACCGCAUGGCCUGGAUGAGUGACGAUCCCUUGAUGGCAGACGUAAUCAUCACCGUCAUGCAAUAUCCCAUGGGCAGAAAGCAGAUGAGACAGGUCGGCUUAAGUGCGAGCAGUGUGCGCGAGAAUGUUAACGGCAGUCAUUGGACGCGAGAUUCGUGGAACUGGGUAUAUGCUGAUGAUGGCUCCGAUGAGGACGAAGAUAACGAUGUCAGAAUGAUCAAUGGCGAGGAUACAGCCGGGACGCUCUUUGUGCCGGACAAUAUCACCCUUUGGGACGAACCCACGGGACGCCCUACAACGAGAGCUGGUGCAAGGCUGCGCUCUGCGGAGAGGAGUCAAGAGGAAGAGCACCUGAGGAGACGGCACCGAGAGGCCAUCGUCGUGGCGGAGCGGGGAACGCCUCUGAGGAGAGAGAACAUCCUUCAGAGACAGGACAGCCAGAUCCUGCAACCCAUGAACGGUCUCAGUGACGUCGAAGGCGAGUUGAACGGGUUAUUGGGACUUUCUGAAAAUAGGGCCGAAGCCGCGCAAAGGGACCAAGGCCUUGAUGGUUACCCUGAUCACGAAACACCAGAGGUUCUUGAUCCGGUGGCCGAGGCUGAGGUCGCCAGCGAGCUGCGUGCGUUGGAGGAGGCAGUGGCGCGGGAGGAAGCGGAAGAGUCGAAUCGUGCUCAGAGCAGACACCGUGAGAUGGAGCAUUUAAUUGAGCAUGACCCAGAGAUACAAGGCACGAACGAGGCGGCACAAGCCUCGGCAGCAGGCACAAGCCCGUCGCCAGACCCGAGAGGCCUUUUACAUGCGGACCCAAGCGAAUAG